UUUCAAGCCCUUUAUCAUAUCCAAGUCACCGACUCGCUGCCUGUAACAAGCCGCCGCAACCGAGCCGUAACUAUUGAGCAGCCGCAGGCACAACGUUGGCCCGUAGAGCGAGAUAAUCUAAGGGCAGUACGUGGUAUCCCUCCGCCGGGCGUUGGUGCUCAGGUCAGGCAGGAUCCGUCCGCGGUGAGGGGGCGGGGCGCAGAGUGAGGGUGAAGCUGUCGUUCCGGAUUGCAGAGGCAGCGCUCCCGUUUCCGCCAUUGCGGUUCCUGCCCGAGAGAGACAGCUAGGAGCAGCCGAAGGACGAGCUCUCUCUCCCUGACAGGCGGCCCAGCCAGGACAUCGCUUUCAUCGGCCCUCAGAGCGAACCAGGAAGCCGGACACAGGCAGCAGCGGGAGGAGGAGACCCACACAUACAGCACAGAGGAAGGAGCAGAGCUAGGAACCGCCAUGGCUCAGAUAUUACCCAUCCGCUUCCAGGAGCACCUACAGCUCCAAAAUUUGGGUAUUAACCCAGCUAACAUUGGGUUUAGUACCCUUACCAUGGAGUCUGACAAGUUCAUCUGCAUCAGAGAAAAGGUUGGAGAACAAGCCCAGGUGGUGAUCAUUGACCUGAAUGAUCCAACUAAUCCCAUUCGCAGGCCUAUUUCAGCAGACAAUGCAAUCAUGAAUCCAGCCAGCAAAGUCAUAGCUUUGAAAGAUGCCGGGAAAACCCUUCAGAUCUUUAACAUUGAAAUGAAAAGCAAAAUGAAGGCUCAUACCAUGACGGAUGAUGUCACCUUUUGGAAGUGGAUCUCUUUGAAUACUGUUGCUUUAGUAACCGACAAUGCUGUGUAUCAUUGGAGCAUGGAGGGAGAGUCGCAGCCAGUGAAGGUGUUUGACCGGCAUUCCAGCCUGGCAGGAUGCCAGAUUAUUAAUUACCGGACAGAUGCCAAGCAGAAGUGGCUGCUUCUAACAGGCAUUUCUGCUCAGCAAAACCGCGUUGUUGGAGCUAUGCAGCUGUACUCUGUGGACAGGAAAGUGUCUCAGCCUAUUGAGGGACAUGCAGCCAGUUUUGCUCAAUUUAAAAUGGAAGGAAAUGCUGAAGAGUCUACCCUGUUUUGCUUUGCAGUUAGAGGACAAGCAGGUGGAAAGUUGCAUAUUAUUGAAGUUGGAACACCACCUACUGGAAACCAGCCUUUCCCCAAAAAAGCUGUAGACGUGUUCUUUCCACCAGAAGCCCAGAAUGACUUUCCUGUUGCAAUGCAGAUCAGUGGGAAACAUGAUGUUGUCUUCUUGAUUACAAAAUAUGGGUACAUUCACCUUUAUGACCUUGAAACUGGUACCUGCAUCUACAUGAACAGAAUCAGUGGAGAGACCAUCUUUGUCACCGCACCCCAUGAAGCCACAGCAGGAAUUAUCGGUGUGAACCGAAAGGGCCAGGUGCUUUCUGUUUGCGUAGAAGAAGAAAAUAUAAUACCCUACAUCACCAAUGUUCUUCAGAACCCUGAUCUAGCUCUGCGUAUGGCUGUCCGCAACAAUCUGGCUGGAGCUGAGGAACUAUUUGCUCGCAAAUUUAAUACUCUAUUUGCACAAGGAAAUUAUUCAGAAGCAGCAAAGGUGGCUGCAAAUGCACCAAAGGGUAUACUACGUACACCGGACACAAUACGCCGAUUUCAGAGUGUUCCUGCUCAGCCAGGUCAGACCUCACCACUCCUGCAGUACUUUGGCAUUCUCUUGGAUCAGGGCCAACUCAAUAAAUACGAGUCUCUGGAGUUAUGUAGACCUGUACUUCAGCAAGGUCGCAAGCAGCUUCUGGAGAAGUGGCUGAAGGAAGACAAGCUGGAGUGUUCAGAAGAACUGGGAGAUCUAGUGAAAUCUGUCGAUCCUACGCUGGCUUUGAGUGUUUACCUGAGGGCCAAUGUUCCCAACAAAGUCAUUCAGUGCUUUGCAGAAACUGGGCAGGUUCAGAAGAUCGUGUUGUAUGCUAAAAAGGUUGGCUACACUCCUGACUGGAUUUUCCUGUUGAGAAAUGUCAUGAGAAUCAAUCCAGACCAAGGCCAGCAGUUUGCACAAAUGCUGGUGCAAGAUGAAGAGCCUCUUGCUGAUAUUACACAGAUUGUGGAUGUAUUCAUGGAGUAUAAUCUUAUUCAGCAGUGCACUGCAUUUUUGCUAGACGCCCUGAAAAACAAUCGUCCCAGUGAAGGCCCCUUGCAAACACGUCUACUUGAAAUGAAUCUAAUGCAUGCACCUCAGGUUGCAGAUGCUAUCUUGGGCAACCAAAUGUUUACACACUAUGACCGUGCUCACAUUGCCCAACUCUGUGAAAAGGCUGGUCUGCUUCAGAGAGCUCUAGAGCACUUUACUGAUCUGUAUGAUAUCAAGCGGGCUGUUGUCCAUACUCAUCUUCUUAAUCCAGAGUGGCUGGUGAACUAUUUUGGCUCCCUGUCAGUUGAAGACUCUCUGGAAUGCUUACGCGCAAUGCUGUCUGCAAAUAUCCGGCAAAACCUGCAGAUCUGUGUACAAGUAGCUUCCAAGUACCAUGAGCAGCUCUCUACUCAGUCACUCAUCGAACUCUUUGAAUCCUUCAAGAGUUUUGAAGGACUUUUCUAUUUCUUGGGUUCCAUUGUCAACUUUAGUCAAGAUCCCGAUGUUCAUUUCAAAUACAUACAGGCAGCAUGCAAAACAGGGCAGAUUAAAGAAGUUGAGAGAAUCUGCAGAGAAAGCAAUUGUUAUGAUCCAGAGAGAGUCAAGAACUUCCUGAAGGAAGCCAAACUUACAGACCAGCUGCCACUCAUAAUUGUCUGUGACCGCUUUGACUUUGUCCAUGAUCUGGUGCUGUAUCUAUACAGAAACAAUCUGCAGAAGUACAUCGAGAUCUAUGUACAGAAGGUUAAUCCAAGUCGGUUGCCAGUGGUCAUUGGUGGUUUGCUAGAUGUGGAUUGCUCUGAAGAUGUGAUAAAGAACCUUAUCCUGGUGGUAAGAGGCCAGUUUUCCACGGAUGAACUUGUAGCUGAAGUUGAAAAACGAAACCGGUUAAAGCUGCUUCUACCAUGGUUGGAAUCCAGAAUCCAUGAAGGCUGUGAGGAGCCAGCCACUCACAAUGCUUUGGCAAAGAUUUACAUAGACAGCAACAACAAUCCAGAACGUUUCCUCCGUGAAAACCCAUUUUACGACAGCCGCGUUGUUGGAAAGUAUUGUGAAAAGAGAGACCCCCAUCUGGCAUGUGUGUCAUAUGAGCGAGGACAGUGUGAUCUGGAACUAAUCAAUGUGUGCAAUGAAAAUUCUUUGUUCAAAAGCCUUUCAAGGUAUCUGGUGCGCCGUAAAGAUCCAGAAUUGUGGGCUAGUGUGUUAUUAGAAAGCAACCCAUACAGAAGGCCUCUGAUUGACCAGGUUGUACAGACAGCUUUGCCAGAAACCCAAGACCCAGAGGAAGUGUCUGUCACAGUGAAAGCCUUCAUGACGGCGGACUUGCCAAAUGAGCUCAUUGAGCUGUUGGAGAAGAUUGUUUUGGACAACUCUGUCUUCAGUGAACACAGGAAUCUCCAAAACUUGUUGAUCCUGACUGCUAUCAAAGCUGAUCGUACUAGAGUCAUGGAAUACAUAAACCGUCUGGAUAAUUAUGAUGCCCCUGAUAUUGCAAACAUUGCCAUUAGUAAUGAGCUAUUUGAGGAAGCCUUUGCCAUUUUCAGGAAAUUUGAUGUGAACACAUCUGCUGUACAGGUCUUGAUUGAACAUAUUGGCAACCUGGACCGUGCUUAUGAAUUUGCUGAACGUUGUAAUGAACCAGCUGUUUGGAGUCAGCUGGCAAAGGCACAGUUGCAGAAAGGAAUGGUUAAAGAAGCAAUUGACUCCUAUAUUAAAGCAGACGAUCCUUCCUCUUAUAUGGAAGUGGUACAGGCUGCUAAUGCUAGUGGAAAUUGGGAAGAGCUUGUUAAAUAUCUGCAGAUGGCUCGGAAGAAAGCCAGGGAAUCCUAUGUGGAAACAGAGCUCAUCUUUGCUCUGGCUAAAACCAACCGGCUCACCGAACUUGAGGAAUUUAUUAAUGGACCAAACAAUGCCCACAUCCAGCAGGUUGGUGAUCGCUGCUAUGAUGAAAAAAUGUACGAUGCUGCUAAACUUCUCUACAACAAUGUAUCAAAUUUUGGCCGGUUGGCAUCCACCCUUGUUCACCUAGGAGAGUAUCAGGCUGCUGUGGAUGGUGCUAGAAAAGCAAACAGUACUCGCACUUGGAAAGAGGUUUGUUUUGCUUGUGUGGAUGGUAAAGAGUUCCGUCUUGCCCAGAUGUGUGGUCUUCACAUUGUGGUACAUGCUGAUGAACUGGAGGAGUUAAUAAAUUACUAUCAGGACCGUGGUUAUUUCGAAGAGUUGAUCACCAUGCUUGAAGCGGCCCUAGGCCUGGAACGUGCACACAUGGGAAUGUUUACAGAGCUUGCCAUUUUGUAUUCAAAGUUCAAACCACAGAAAAUGAGGGAGCACUUGGAGCUGUUCUGGUCUAGGGUGAACAUUCCCAAGGUGUUGAGGGCAGCAGAGCAAGCUCACUUGUGGUCCGAAUUGGUAUUUUUAUAUGAUAAGUAUGAAGAGUAUGAUAACGCAAUUAUUACAAUGAUGAGCCAUCCUACAGAUGCAUGGAAAGAAGGGCAGUUUAAAGACAUCAUAACUAAGGUGGCCAACGUGGAGCUGUAUUACAGAGCGAUACAGUUCUACUUAGAAUUCAAACCAUUACUUCUCAAUGACCUCUUGAUGGUGCUGUCCCCCAGACUGGACCACACCCGUGCAGUCAACUACUUCUCCAAGGUAAAACAACUCCCUCUAGUGAAACCAUACCUUCGUUCAGUGCAGAACCAUAACAACAAAUCCGUGAAUGAGUCUCUGAACAACCUUUUUAUUACAGAAGAGGACUACCAGGCACUCCGUACAUCUAUAGAUGCAUAUGACAACUUUGACAAUAUUUCUCUUGCUCAACGCUUGGAAAAACAUGAACUGAUUGAAUUUAGAAGGAUUGCAGCAUACCUCUUUAAGGGCAACAAUCGCUGGAAACAGAGUGUGGAGCUGUGCAAAAAAGACAGACUGUAUAAGGAUGCUAUGCAGUAUGCCUCUGAAUCCAAAGACACAGAACUGGCAGAGGAGCUUCUGCAGUGGUUUUUGGUUGAAGGAAAGAAAGAGUGCUUUGGCGCUUGUCUUUUUACCUGUUAUGACCUGCUGCGACCAGAUGUUGUCAUGGAAACAGCAUGGAGGCACAACAUUAUGGACUUUGCCAUGCCCUACUUCAUUCAAGUCAUGAGGGAGUACUUAUCCAAGGUUGAUGCAAUAAAGGAAAAGGUUGACAAGCUGGAUGCCUCUGAAUCUCUCAGAAAAGAGGAGGAGCAAGCAACGGAGACACAGCCAAUUGUUUAUGGCCAGCCCCAGCUAAUGCUGACCGCAGGACCCAGCGUCCCAGUACCACCCCAAGCGGCAUUUGGUUACGGCUAUACUGCACCACCUACAUACGCGCAGCCCCAACCUGGAUUUGGAUACAGCAUGUAAAACAAAGAGCUGCAACCUCUGAACCUGGGCUAUUUUCUUAAAGAAAUUCCACCGUCCUCCUUCCCCUUCUUGACCCAUAGCAGGGAAGAGCUCCAAAAUCCCUUUGUUUCAUGAAGGACAGUUUUAUUUUCUACAGCAUAUGGAUCACACCACUUUAAAUUCUUUUGUUCACAUUCCAUAUUCUCCAAAAUUAUGAUGAUUAUUUUGAUGGGCAUAGUACUUCAAUGCUUUAAGUGGGCUUUCUAUUUUUUUUAUUUUUGUGUUUGUGGUUUUUCCUUUCUUUUACGGAGGACUGCUUGUAACCUCUCCAGUAACUGGGGAUGCGUAUGUCUAGGCUAGGUUUGGAAACCUUGGCUAUUGCAGAGGUUAACACAAUCCUCUGAACCCCUCACAGGACCUGCAAUACAUUCUAAAAUAUAUCGUGUAGAAACACUGGCAGCAAAGGGGUUAACAAAGCUAACAGUCUAUGUGAAGAAUCUCUGAUUUGCACUCUGUAGUGUUAGAAAAGUUAAUAUUGAAUCUCUCAAAAUUGAUGUAUGUAAGCAGCUUAUGUACUGUCUUAUCUAAAUACAUAUAUCUACUUGUAUAUUCUGAAGAAAAAAAAAAGUUUCUAUUUCCACAUGCAAGACUGCCGAUGACAAAAGAACACUAAUCUCUAUGUUCUAUUCCAGUUUUGUUGUGCAGCUCAUAAAACUAUUAAUUUUAGCAACAUACAAAACAACGUUGCAUAAAGAGAAAAAAAGUUGCGUAAGGGAAUAUUCAUUUGCGCAUAUAGAUAAUGCUAGUGUGUGUAGCUCACUCCAUGAUAAACAGAUGGCCCUAUGUUGUGCUGUAUCCUGUGCUUUUUUUUGUGGGACCAUUUCAUUCAGGAACGAAGAAGGCACCAUGAUUCCAGUCUGUGUACUACCCUUCUCCUAUUCCCUGAGGUUUAUGUAUGUUGGAUAUUGUGGUGUUCUUAGGUCACUGUUUUGAGUGUACAGAGGAGAGAAUUUAAGCAACAACAUAAAAAAAAAAAUUAAAUGCUGUUCGGUUUUGUUUGUGCAAUUUGAGAUGACAGAUUUAAAGAAAAAAAAUAAAAAUAAAACAUGAAAUAAAAAUACUGAACUGUGGACAUAUUAUACAA